CGGCGAACGUAUAAACUAAUAUGUGGCAAGCAUGAAGCCGAACACGUCAUGGUUUUAAUAUAGAACACUUUGGAUUGUUUUCUCUGUUAAAAAGCUCGCAAAGACCAGGGAUUUUUAUUCAUACUUGGAAAGAGGCUAGGUGAAGACGUGUCAUCAUGAAGAAAUUCUGUGUACCUGUUAUCACAGCCUUUCUCUUUGUCAAUGUACUUUGUCAAGGUUUUUUAGAUUCCUGGGCUGAAAAAUUCCAGCAAAAUAUGCACAAUUUUGGGAGACAGCUGUCACAAAAUUUGCAACAACAAGGAAGGGAUAUUGAACAGCAAGCAAAGAGAUAUGCAGAACAAGCAAAAGAAGAAGAAAUGAAAAGAAAAGCGGAACUUCAGAGCCAACAGGACGAACUAAUGGAGACAGUAAAGCAAAUUCAAGAAGGACAUCUUCCCUCUGGAGUAAAUUCAGCGAAUACUUCUACACUUAUUGAGAAUGUAAAUGGUCGACUCCUAACUAUUAAAAACACGGCAUAUUCGAUUGGCAAUGAAAACAAUGGUAUUAUCCACAACGUACAAAUCAUUUCUGAAGAAGACAAAGUCAUAGAUUGGUCAGUCAACUCCCUUAUCUGGGAUGGAAAUCAAUUAAAAAAACGAUUGAUUCAAAAUGCGCCUCAAUCUGGAGUUAAUCAAUUUGGAAAUAGCCAAUCUGUAGUAAUAACCUCAGGUGGUGUCAUAAACGCAGGUGGAACCAGUAUUAUAUCCACAAACCAAGGCGGUAUUAUAACACAAGAAAUAUCUUUAUAAACGAAAUAUUUUGACUAAGAAUUGGCCAAAAAAUAUCUUCAGAAUAAUAUAUGAUUACGAGAUGAAAUAAUGACAAUGAUAAUUUAAAAAAAGACUUAAUUAGAAACGCUAUAAGACUUUAAAACAAAAAACUUAAUAAAUGUACCUCAUUUUAAUUGUAAUUUGUUCAAAUCUAUACUUUGAAGUAUGAAUCUUUCCCAUGUCAAAUUCUGCAACUAGGCUUGAAAUAAAUAUUCUUUUUCUACAGAAA